AUGUCCGUUCAAGCACCGAACAACCUGCCCUGGGAUCCCAACAAUGCGCAAUUUCCCUCCCGCAAGGAACUACCCAAGCUACCCGGCGCCCCGGAGGAUGCAGCCUGGGUUUGGGGCAAAGACGAUGCUCUCGGCCGAUUGAAUCUCCUGACUUCACAGCGAGUAAAGGCUGCCGCCGCCGACAUCCGGACGGGAGAAAUGGUUCGAUUGGACCUCCCUGUGAACAUCCCCGAGAACCCGGCCUUUGGACGCGAGCACUUCCAGCAUCAUAUCAAAUGUCUUGUCCCUGAGAUCGCAUAUGACGACACUUAUACUUUGAACACGCAGAGCGGCACCCAAUGGGACGGUUUCCGACAUUUUGCCCACAUUGACAGCAAGUCAUUUUACAACGGAACUACUGCCGCCGAUAUAGUUGGUGACGAUGCCAAUCACCGCUGCGGCAUCCACGACUGGGCUAACCACGGCAUCGCCGGCCGCGGUAUCCUUCUCGACUACCGCCACUACGCCGAGACCCAGAACAACCACUACGACCCCUACACGGCGCACGCCAUCCCGUUCGAGGAGCUGAAGGCCUGCGCCGUUUCGCAGGGCAUCGACCUCCGUCCGGAGUCCCAAGGCGGCGACAUCAAGGUCGGCGAUAUCCUCAUGGUCCGCUCCGGGUUCGUCCAGCGAUACCACGAGCUCAGCCCGGCCGAGCGCAAGGCCGGCGCCGAGCGACCCAUGGAGGAGCUGCAGUGGGCCGGUCUGAAGCAGGAGGAGCCCACGCUGGACUGGUUGCACGAUUGCUACUUCGCCGCGGUGUGCGGCGACUCGCCCACGUUCGAGUGCUGGCCGCCCAUCCAAGAGAACGGGUACCUGCAUCAGCAGAUUCUUGCGCUCUGGGGAAUGCCCCUGGGCGAGAUGUGGGAUUUGGAGACUUUGGCGAGGAAGUGUCGCGCCGCUGGCAAGUGGACGUUCUUUGUCACGAGUGCGCCGGCUUAUGUUGCGGGUGGUGUUGGCUCUCAUGCAAAC